UUCUCUUAUUGGGUAUAAAAGAAGAUAGCUAUAUUCUUUUUUUGCUAAAUGGCAGAGGCACCAGGUGAUUCUGGGGAGUCAGAUUAUGAGCCUGCAGAGGAGCUGGAGGACGAGAGCCCGAAUGACGUCAUCGAGGAAGAUCACGAAUACCUUCGUCACCACAUUGCCACUUUGAAAAUGGAUGACGCCGUCCUAGAACCGGGAAUACUGAAGACAUUCGAAGAUUAUUUAGAAUUAGGUGGUGAGAGUAUUAAUGCAAUCCGUUACCUUUCAUCUGGUUACAAGGGCCUUCCCUUAAUGAUUAAUGUACUAGUGGACUGGCUUCACUUUGCUGGUUGUAGAAGGAAAGACAUUCAAACUCUAGUAGAAGAACACAUCAAGACAUUAAUCAUUAAAGAUUUUGAUCCAAAGAAAGCCGAUCUCAUAUUCACAGAGGAAGGAUCUACCCCUUCGUGGCUGGAGGAGAUGAUUUGUUUUCAGACUUGGAGGGAACUUUUCUAUCAGUUAACAGAUCAGUAUCCUGACUGCUUGAUGCUCAAGUUUACUAUGAAAUUAAUAGCUGAUGCUGGCUAUCAAGGGGAGAUUACGAGUGCCUCGUCAGCAGCUCAUCAACCCGAGGUGUUCUGUGGACUCAUAAAGACAUUACUAACUGACAUCAUCACUGCUUCAUCUCCUAAUGAAAUGGAAGAAAGUCUCAAAGAGUUCUGUCAACUAGUCAGUCACAGUCAACACACUUAUUUCUAUUCUCAAGCACUCAUUAAGACUUUAGAAAACAGACAACCAGAAAACAGACAAUUCACUCAAUGGCUGGCAGGAGAGGUACAGAGGGACGCCAGGAAGAGGAAACUGGAUGUGACAAAUAUGACGCUUCAUUUCAAUGGUAUUGGGUCUCAUGCUAAAGUAUUUGAGUCCCUCAGCUCAAUGUUAUCAAGGAAUGCACUCAAUCCUGCUGACGUAUCUGCUUUGUAUCAUUGCUAUGCUGAAGAAGAGAAGCAGCCAUCAGUCAAAUUUCUACAUAAUGCUCAAUUUUUAGAGCUAUUAGUUCAGACCCUUUUCAAACCAGGCAGCAACAUAAACCCAGAUCAUAAGGAAAAGUAUCUUUACCUACUGGCAUAUGCUACUAGUGUCUAUGAGGCUCCUAAUGAAGAUGGAGAGUUAGUUCCCAUUAAAGAUGAUCUGAUAGGAGCACAGGAAGCAAUAGAGACUGCUCAGGGGAUAUGCUCAGGAGCAAAUGAUUCUUAUACAGAACUAUUGACACAAAUAGGAAAACUGUUUGAAUGUCUUAGGUAUCCGAUUGUAUCAAUGGGUGUGUUCAGGUGGGUGGAGUCAACUGUCACUAAUCCUAGUUUCUUUGAAGUGUCUGCUGAGACAACAUCACUAGUAUUAGUAUUACUGGAUGAGAUUGCCUCGUGUCAUCCAUUACAACACACAUACAUAAUGUCAUUGCUACAAAGACUAUUGGAAGCUUCUUAUCCUUCCCUUGAAGUACAGAUGCAGGAACUAAAAAGAACAUUCCUUGAUCACAUGAUACACCUACUAAGCUGUGAUCAUGUCAUACCAGUAGUAUCAUACAUACACAAAUGCAUGAUAUCUGGUACAUUAGACCAUUCACUCAUCAGGUACUUUGUCUCUGAGGUAUUGAGUAUUAUAGGUCCACCAUAUUCUACCGAGUUCACUUCAGUUUUUCUUCCACUCCUUCAAAAUGAUGAAAUUGUUUCUUCUCUUGUGUCUCAGACUAAAGACGAUCCUGUAUCUCUAUUUCUAGCUGAAUGUCCACACAAAUCAAAGAAAAAGAAAAAGUCUAAAAACAACUAGAUCUAUAAUAUUUCUUGGCAAAUGUAUAAUUUUUUAUAAACAUUGAUAAUAGCAGCUACUCUUGAUAACAGUAAUGUAAAAGCAUAUUAAUUAUUCUCUGUCUAGAUGAGUUAUUGUAAUAAUUAUUAUAGCAAAAAGAAUUGUGAUGUUUACAUU